GUUCGAACUCGCGAGUGCUGAAAAGUGAAUAACUGCACAAAAAAAAACUGCGUGUGGAAAACGCUGGGCAGUGCAGCGUUUUCAUUUCGAUUUUCAUGCAAUAUAUUUUUGAUUUCAAUUGCUAAAUAUGCCGAGUGUUUCGAUCGUGUGAGAGUGAAAGUGGGGAAAAGUGCAAAACGAAUUAGCGUAAAAUGUUAUAAACGGCGAACGGGUGAAGUAGACAAACGUUUGUUCUACUUAUCCACAUAACGCGCACACGCACACAAACACUCACAUACAGUGAGACACACACACACACAAAUAGAAAAACACUCGCAAACACACACACAUACACAUACGCGCGUCAACAGCUGCCGCUGCCUGCCUCGCCUGUCACUGUUGGUGGUGUGGUGGUCUGGUCCCCGCAGCACUCAAAAUGUCGGACAUUAACGACGAUUUGCUCAACUAUGAACUAGGUUUGGGCGAUGACAUCGACGAUCAGGCGCUUCUUGGCGCCGACGAGGAUGAGCUGCUGCUCUCCGAUGAAGAACUGGAAAAAGAUGUGACCAGCGAGGUGAAGCUGCAGAUGCGUGCCGAGGCCGAAGAAUGGGCACAGGAGCAGCUGCGCAAGCACAAGGAACAGCUGGCUGCCGCAGCAGCAGCAGCAGCAAGAAUUGCAACGACACAGGAAACGCCGGUUGCCGAGGCAACCACAGCAGCUGCGAAUCGCGAAAAAGAUUCACCCAGCGCCACAGUGGUAGCUGCUGCUGAGACCACAACGGCGGCGAUUGCCAGCGAGUCGACAGCAUCAACACAAGUCACAGAAUUGGCAGCGGCCACUUCUACAACAAGCACAACGGCGGCAACGUCGGCAUCGAGCAGGGAACAAACGUUGCUGCUGGAUGAAGAGGACGAGGAGGAGAUUGCGUCAGGUGGAAAGCAGCGACAGCGAUCAACAACAACAACAACAGCAGCGAAUAGCAAACAAACAUCAGCUACGAAUAAUGGUGGCAGCGAUGAUAUUGCCAGCAGCGAGGUGGAAACCGAAACCGAGGUAGACGCCAGCGAUACCGAUCUCGAGGGUGGCGGCGGACAUUCCUCGCUGCUGACCACGUCGCAGGAGAGUCUCCCCAAUGCCAGCUUCACAUCGGAGCCGCCGGAUCCGCGCGAGGAUGAUGAGGAGCGUGAGGAACGCACCAAUUUCAAAACAGCCAGCGAACGAUCUGACAACCACAAACAGCAACAGCAGCAGCAUUCGAUGCAGCCACAGUCACUUCCAAGGCGACAUCAUUCAGAUAAACCUCGCAUGUCUGGACCGGGCAACGUGCGCUUCAACAGCAACAACAAUCCGAACAGCGGCAGCAACAAUCUGAACAACAAUGGCAACAACAAGCGAGGCGGCAUGGGAGGAGCGAGGCAUCACUUGCUACGCAGUCCAGGUCCACCGCAUAUGUUCAAUCCGCAGCGAAUGAUGGGCGGAGUCGGUGGAGGAGGAGGAGGAGGGGGCGGGAUGUCGAUGUCCCGCUUCAUGCCACCUGGCCCAUAUGCACCACAACCUCUACCACAAUCGUCAAAUCCCUCACAACAACAACAACAACAGCAGCAGCAACAACAACAACAACAGUCGCCAUACACAAGCAAUCAGACAGGUGGCGUGCCAUCAUCAGUGUCAGGUCCCAUCAGCUCCCAAUCCCCGCAUCUACACAAUCCGCACAUGUUGCACCCGCAUCACAACAAUCCACACAACAACAACAACAACAACGGGCCGCCAGGACAUCUUCUGCCGCAUCCGCAACAACAACAGCAGCCACAUCCUCAACAGCAACAACAUCCACAUGGGCAUCCGCAUGAUCAGGUGCGCGUUGGAUUGUUGCAGCCCCCGCUGCCGUUGCCCCUGCCCUUGGGCUAUGGCGCCGCAGCGGCUGCGUAUCGGAAUGGCGCCCUGCUGGGCCAGGGACCAGGUCCCGGGCAUGGUCAGCACCCGUCGCCAGUGACGCCGCAUUCGCCGGGCAUGCGUCCCCCGCCGCCGUAUCGCAAUGCUCCGCCCGGCUAUGGGCCACCGGUGGUGGGUCCUGGUCCUGGUCCCGGACCGGGACAGGGUCCGGGACCGGGUGGUCCCGGGGGUGGUCCUGGCAUGCCACCGGGCUAUGAGCCGCAUCCGCAGUACAUGCGACCGCACAACGGUUGGCGGCCGCAGCCGGGCGAGGUGCCCAACACACAGCGCAUGCCACGCCCACCGCUGCAGACGCUGCCUCAGCACAUGAUGCAAUCGGGUGGUGGCGUCGGAGGUUACAUGAAUGGCAUGAACAUGCGUGCCCCGCUGCCCCAGCACAUGCAGCAGCAGCAACAGGUGAAUCCUGGCGGUGCCCAACAACAACAACAGCAGCAGCAGUCAGCGGGCGGAGCAGCGCAGGCAGCUGGACAACAGCAGGCGGCACAACAGCAGCAGCAACAACAACAGUCAGCGGGAGCACCUUCGACUGUGCCACGCGGCGUUGUGAGCAAGGUGCUCAUCAAUCCCAAUUUCAAGGGCGGCGUCGAGGCGGCCACCAACAAGUUCAUCAAGGAGACGCACUUUGUGCCCGCCAUCAACAGCGAGGCGGAGCUGCUGCGUCAGCAGGAGGAGUUCAUCAACAAGAAUCGCCAGUACUUUGAAAAGCGCACCCAGCGUCGUUCUCCCCUGCCGCCCAGUUCCUCCAAUUCGAAUGCACAAUCCUCCUCAUCCUCAUCGUCCACAGCUCAGUUGAGCGAACGGCGACGCAGUCGCAGUCGAAGCCGCUCCCGAGGGCGCAGCUAUUCACCCGUGAAGCGUGGCGAGCGGGAACGCGAUCGAGAUCGAGAGAGGGAACGCGAUAGGGAGCGUGAACGCGACCGUGAGCGGGAGAGGGAGCGGGAAAGGGAGCGAGAACGUGAUCGCUAUGGCGGUGCAGGUGGAGCAGGAGCCACGACACGUCCAGCUGCGAAUCGUGGCUAUCGACGUGCGGCCAGCAGAGAGCGUGACGAGAAUCGCAGCGGUGGAGCAUCAGGAGGAGGAGGAGGAGGAGGCGGCGGAGCAGGAGGCGGAGGUGCCGCAGCGCCAAAGCGACGUCGCAGCGGUUCACCGAGUGCAGCGCGGAAUCCAUUUUCGGGUGAACCGCGCAAUCGCGCCGCCGAGAGCAGCGGAAGCGGAAGCGGAAGUCGAGUCAUGCCCAGCGAUGAGGAUGAGGAGACGCGCGCCUAUCGCCUGGAGAUCGAGAAACAGAAGCAGCUGCGCGAGAAAAUAAUGCGCGACAAGGAGCUGAAACGGCGUCGCGCCGCCGAGGAGAAACUGCACGAGGAGAAGCGCGCCGAACAGCACAGCCCAGAUCCAGAGAAUGCAGUUGGAGGCGGAGGUGGAGGAGGAGGAGGAGGAUCGGCGCCUGGCAGCGCACAAAAGCAGCAGCAGCAGCAACGUCCAGGAAUGGGCAAUGAGCGCAAAGUGAUCUCGCUGAAGCGACGCGACGACGAUGCACGCGGCGGAGGCGGAGGCGGUGGCGGUGGCAGACAACAGCAGCAGCAUCAACAGCAACAGUUGCAAUCGGGAGCUGGAGUUGGACGCAAGCAGCUGACGGCGGCAAAGAUUGCGCCGGAGGCAAAGCGAAGCAUCACCGAACACUUGGCGCCGUCCAGCAAGCAUCAUCAGCAAAUGUCGGGAAGAGCCGCAGGCGGCACACCGCCCACAAGUAGCAGCAGCAGUGGAGGAGGCGGAGGAGCGGGAGCUGGCGGUGGCGGUGGUGGAAAGGGGCGUGACAUGGGCCUAUUGCGUUUGGGCACGUCCAGCGACGAUGAAGUGGAGCUGGACUACGAUGACGAUGAUCUGCUGCUGGACGAGGAGGAUCGUUUGCUGGCCACGCCCUCACCACCGCCCCCACAACCGCAGACGCAAUCCCGUGCCGCCAAACGCUCAGCGACACCCGAGUUGCUUGUGGUGAAGCGUAAUCACAAAAUCGUGCGAGGCACUGGCUCCGCAUCGACAGUUGCUUCAGGCGGUGGCGGUGGCGGUGGCGGAGGGGGAGGAGGAGCUGCAGCAGGUGUCACUUUUGCGCCUGGCCAGCGACGUGUUGUCCUCAAGUCCACCAGCAAUGGCAGUGGAAGCAGCUCUGGAGGUGGCAACGACUUUUCACAUGGCAGGCAACGGGAUCGUCGUCAGCGUGAGGAGCAGUUGAUGCAGCGCAAGAGCAGCAGCAGUGGAGGAGGAGGCGGUGGCGGAGGCGGAGCAGGUGGCAUUUUUGAUCGUUUAGAGAAGCGUCAGGCGAGCUCAGCAGGUGGCAGCGGAGGAGGAGGAGGAGGCGGCAACAAGCAGCGCAGCAAAGCACCAGCGCGAAUUGUGUUAAAGCACGAUUAAAACAAACAAAAAAAAAAGUCAAGUUGUAAUCCUUAAGAUAUAUAUAUAGAUAUAUAUAUAAACCAUAAUCAAGUAUAAAACUAAUCCGAGUGUAUUAUAAACUUAUAUAAAUGCAGCCCAGCUUUGGAGGCUUUGCUCGCCCUCCCUCCCCAAAAAAAUAACACAACAGACACUUAUAUUUAGUAGUAAUAACAUCAAUCUAUAAUCUAUAUAUAUAUAAUAUGUUUUGACUAGUGUUAGGCUUAAGCAUGAAACAGAUACAGAAAGCGAAGGAGAAGUAGAAGUAGAAGUAGAAGGAGAACAGCUUUAGGAUUAAGCCGGAGGCAGGACAAAUCUGUUUGAUUACGAUUCAAUAAUCUUAAGAUCUUAAUACGAAAUAUAUAUAGAUAUAUAUAGAUUAUAUAACCACAUUAAUGAUUAUUUUAAGCUUUACAGUUAAGUGUACAAAACUAAAAACACACAAUUUAGCAGUAAGUCGCAUCUCGCUAAACUAAACACACACACACACACAUAUAUAUAUAUAUAUAUAUAUAUUACUCGAUUCAUAUUAACUUUUUGAUAUACCCGCUAUCUAUUUUUGUAACUUGCCUGCGGCGAAUUUAUGUAACAGGCAAAAAAGCAGGCAACUCCGAUCCGUGUCCGUCUGUCUGGUAUAUGUUAGUAUUUUUACGGUAUAAGCAUAAUACCGCACUGCGGUAGCGGGUAUCUCAAAGUCGAGCACACUCGAUUACAGCUUUGUUUUUAGUUUUUUUUUUUUUAUUUUUUCAAAAUAUCUCAAAGAAUCGCAACUACCACAAACUUGUAUUUGUAUUUGUAGUUAACUUUAACUAGAACUAUUCAAGUAUAUAUAUCUUUAUAUUAAUGUGAAGGCGCUUUAAGCGUCUCUCAACACACACACACAUACACACACACAUGCUUGACUCUUUAGUUGCAUGCACAUGAAUUAAACGUAACCAUAAGAUUACUAUAUAAAAAUAAUAUCUAUAUAACAAUUAUCGUAUAUAUGUAUAUUGAGAUAUAUAAAUCUAGUCUUAAGAGUCGCGUAUUGAUUUCGAUUUUGACUAGACGCAACAGGCGAAUAUUAUUACCACAUAAAUUUUUGUUUAGUUUUUUUUUCCCCCAAUUUUAUUUUAUUUUUUUUUCGGAUAAAUUCAAUUACGCAAGAAAUGUCCAGUUGUGUUUUUUAAAAGUGUUACAAAAAAAAACUUACAUUAUUGUAUCCGUCUACUCUAUAUGUUCAAAUCCUCCACAAUUUCUUUCAAUUUGUUGUGUUUUUUUGUUUGUGGCCUACCUAAACAAAAAACAAACAAAAAAAAAACUAACUAACGUAAAGAAAAACAAGAAAAGAAGAAAAAAAAUAUAUGUGUCUUCUGAUGGGAAACACAAAGAAGCAAUACCAUAAUGGCCUGUUAAACGAUAGCAAAUAAUCCCCAAAUAGAACAGCAAAUAAACGCAGUUUCUUUCCCAGAAUAUAUCCAAAAAAACAAAAGAAAUAUCUAGCUUGUAGUAUUAACUGUACAUAUACUACAGACAUACAUACAUAUAAAAUAUAUACUUACAUAUAUAUAUGAAUAUAUUUAUAGAUAUAAUACUUAUCAAGCCAUAAACAAAAUUACACAUUACAAUAGUUCAUAUAGGACCAUUUUGACAACAACAACAAACAAGAAACAUAAAACACAUUUAUUUAUACAAUAAUUGUAAUACGCAAACAAAAAACUUACAUUAAUCCAGAGUUUUAGCUUGUAACGAGAGAUUUAAGUAGAGGAAAAGCGAGAA